GCCCUCGACCUUCUCUCCACCUGCGUUUAUCAUUUCCCGUUCCCUUGUGCACGUUCUGUCUGUUGUACUGACAUUGAUCGACUCCUCCUUUCCCAUAAAAACAAGCCAACAUGUCCUCUAAAAUUUAUGUUGGAAAUUUGAGUUGGAACACGAACGAUGAUACUUUACGUGAAGCUUUCUCGGCAUUUGGAAAUGUGAUAGAUAGUAUUGUCAUGCGCGACCGUGAAACCGGCCGCUCGCGAGGGUUCGGGUUUGUCACUUAUGGCUCCUCUCAGGAAGCGGAAACUGCUAUCAGUGGCAUGAAUGAACAAGAAUUGGAUGGGAGAAGAAUAAAAGUCAACCUUGCUAAUACUCGGCCCACCGGCUAUAGCUCUGGUGGUGGCGGUGGCGGCGGCGGUGGCUAUGGCAGUGGAGGCUACGGCGGAUAUGGCGGCGGUCAACAACCUUACGGACAACAAGGCUACUAUCCAAGUGGCGGCGGCUAUGGGGGAUAUUACCAAGGAGGGUACCAACAAGGUGGUGGUGGUGGUGGUUAUGGGUAUUGAACUGUUCCAAUUUACGAGCCAAACGUGUCCAUGAAUCACGCUUCAUUUCAUCCAUUUCUUCUGCGAUCAACUGAUGUGUGUUGACUUCGCCAUCAUUUUGUGGCUUAUGAACCUCCCCCCCC